UUUUAGUCAAUAACGAUAUUCAUUCAGUAUCCAUUUUUUUUUAUUUGUGUUUCGUUUGUGUAACAUAAUAUUGUUUUAACGUGCUUUCAACUUGUCGAAGCCGAUCAAGUAAAUUUCAAUCUGUGAACAGAUUCAUUUUACUAUAUAAAAUAAAUAAUUGCCAUAGAGUGAGUGUUUUGAAAAUAUAGUGUUCAAAAUGACUACAUCAAAAUUUAGUAAGUUCGAUGAAUUCGGUUUUGAGCGUGCUGAGGAUUUUGACUACGAUGAAUAUGAGAAAUUUAUGUCUGUGUAUCUGACGAUACUAGCAAAACAAGCCAAAACGUGGUCACGUUUAAUGAUGUCAAAUCGACCCAUAAAGAAAACCGCUCGAUUAAAACAGUAUGUCCGAAAGGGAAUACCGUUGUCAAUGAGAUCUCAGGUAUGGUCGAUUGUCGGAAACGUGUCAAAGUUAAAAGAGGAAUAUGGGCAAGAUCUUUACAGGCAGAUGUUAAAGAAAUCAGUAAGUGCCGAUAUCAAGGAAAUCAUAACAGUAGAUAUCCCAAGAACUUUUCCUGAAAACAUUUACUUCAAUCAGACACCAGAAAAUCAGGCAGCUUUGUACAGAAUACUCUAUGCUUUUGCUGCACAUAAUCCGUACAUAGGUUAUUGUCAGGGUUUAAAUUAUAUAGCCGGACUAUUGUUGUUGGUCACCAAAGACGAAGACGCUUCUUUUUGGCUGCUUAGAGUAUUGGUGGAAAAAAUAUUACCAGAUUAUUACUCAAGAACCAUGGACGGUGUUAUUAUCGACAUUGAAGUUUUUUCUCGUCUCGUAAAGAAAAAAUACCCGGAAAUAUCACAACUCAUGACUACGGUGGACAUGCCUUGGGCAUUAAUUAUUACCAAGUGGUUUAUUUGUUUGUUCGCCGAAGUCUUACCGAUUGAGACGGUGUUAAGAAUAUGGGACUGUUUAUUCUACGAAGGGUCUAAAAUCAUUUUCAGAGUUGGCUUGACGUUGAUAAAACAUUAUAGAUCUGAACUCUUAGCUUGUGACGAUAUAAUGUCACUGGUAGAGUGCUUUAAAAUGAUUGUCCAAAAUCCAUUUUCAUUAAAUUGUCAUACUUUCAUUAAGGAGAUGUUUAGCGGUAUAGGAUCAUUGCCCAUGUCUUUGAUAGAAGAUCUACGUAAACAAGUUUCUUCUGAACGAGCAGCCAACAAGACUACUUUUGGAAAUAGAAAAGGAUAGCCAUAAUGUUAUUACAACAUUUUGCAAAAUGUAUAUAAGUAUUUUUUAUAAAACAAAGAUACUCUCUAGUAUAACAAACAAACUAAAAAAAGGAGUUCUAGUCAUAACAGUCAUAUUAUGUACUGUAUAGGAAUGGCAGAACAAAAUUAAUAAUUUAAAGAUCAAAUUUUAUUGAUAAUAAAUAACAUAAUGAAACAAGUUAUUAUAUUUUUAGAUAGUAUUUGUUGAAUUAUUAUAAAUUUUAUGUAUUUUUUAAAUGUAUUUUGGCUGUGAGUAUUUUUUGUUUUUUUUUUUUGUUUUUGUUAUUUAUACAUAAAAUAUCAAAUCAAUUAUAUGGUAUUAUAAAUAUGAUUAUAACCAGUAAAGUAAUCUACAGGACUGAUUUUAGAACUUAAUUGUUUAUCUUCUAAUUAAAGUGAGGACGUUUGGUCAACUUUAAAACUAACGACUACAUAAAUUAUAAAAAACAAACAAGUCAAAAUAAAUAAGUUCUUAUUUUAAAUAUUAUAGCUUUUUUAUACAAAUGUAUUUUGUUAUUUUAAAUUGUCAUGUUUGUUCGAC